AUGUCGGUCGAAGAUCCGCUAGUGAAUGGCAUACCACUUUCUUCGUUACGUGUGGUCGACCUACGGGAUGAGUUAGAGAAACGUGGGCUGUCAAAGAUUGGUAAUAAGUCCGUGCUUACGGAGAGACUAAAAGCUGUACGUUGUUACUCUUUACAUUUCCUUGUGGUUUUCUCGUUAUGGCCUAGUAGUACUGUGAAGAGACAAGGCUGUAAUGUUCUACUUCAACCCAGUAUACUCACGAGUAUGGAGGUAGUAGAAGAACAAUCGGCUACUGGUAAUGCUAAUGAACAAGAUUCUUCCGUGGAACCUUCUAUGGUUCUAAAGCAUGUCGAGAAGAGUGCAGCUACCUCAGCAAAAAAGUCGCCGUUGAGUACUCCGAACAGAGAAAAAACUCCUGACCAGCUGAAAUUUGAACUACAAACUUUUAUUGUGAGUCCAAACGAGAGAUACAAAACGUGCCAGGCUAAAUGGUCUACUAUUCUUGCUCUAGAUCAGUGCUCGAGUAAAAACCUUUACAGGCACCCAGAAUCUGAAAUCGUUCACAUACGAGGUCUAACCCGUCCAUUCACAGAUCGUGCAUUGAAAGCGGAAAUAACGAAAUGUGGUGGUCAGAUCGUCGAUUUUUGGAUUGAUAGUGUUAAAAGCCAUUGUAUAGUUCAGAUGAAUUCUAUAGAUGAAGCUCGUGAAGUUCGAAACACAAUGCACAAUACGCAGUGGCCUGCAGCAAACCCGAAGACGUUGUCUGUGCAGUUUGACACAAAAGAAAAUGUAUGGGUUAUAUUUUUGUCUUUUUCGUCCAUUUUUGUCUUUCUAUGUGCUUCCUAUAUUGAUUUCUUCCUUCAGAAACGGGACGAACAUGAUAGAAAACGACACCGUUCGGAAACACCUCCGUUUAGCAGAUCAGUGACGGAGAAGCGAGAGCGACGAAGACAUCGCCACCAUGAGAGUGAGAAGGAGAAGGAGCGAGAGGAGAAACCAGUUAAAACGGCUGAUUCGCUGUUUAUGAAGACGAAAACACAACCAGCUAUAUACUUCUUGCCCUUGACUGAUGAGGAGGUUGGAAUAUGGAAUUUGUAA